GUGGAGUUGGGAGGUUGUUUUGGCCGAUCACGCCGUUUGCUGCCUUCUUCCCUUCCUCCCCAUUCCCAUUCUUCCCCUCUUCAACUUCACUCACAAACAAAGUCAUUUUGCCCAACCCCGCAUCUACAGCAAUCCCAGUCACGACGAUUAGCCGGAUCAAUAGGAAGGACUGCUGCAAUGCAUACGGGCCUCUUUUCUGCAGCUGGAUAUUUAUCCCGUCUCUUAGUAGAUGCAGAUCUUCCGGACAAGGAUGGUUCCACCACUUUCAUUCCUGCAAAUCGCAGCUGCAAUGCCUGCAAUUGAUCUUUGUUUUGACUAAAUGCUGGCCAAGUUGCGCAUUAAAAAGCGGCCCUCAGCAUUGGCAAACUUUAAAGAAUCAUGAGCAUCGCAGAAGCGUAGAGACUUUGAGCAGCAGCAGCAGCAGCAGCAUCAUCAACAUUAUGCGCGUACCCUUCCUCGCGGGGCUACUCGCCAUUCACCAGGUUACGGCUCUAGACUCGAGCACUGAAACUCUUACCACCAGCUCAGCGCCUCUAGGGACUAGCCUCAAUCUCACAGUCGAAGACCUAUGGAACAUCUACAUCGGUCCCGUGGAGACCGCAGCGGUCAAUACAACCGUGGAGCCCACUCCAAUCCCAAGCUCACAACUGAUCCCACCGCCUCAAUUAUACUAUCCCUCCUACCUGACCGGCGCCCAGAUUCCCGCACAGGGGAAGAAUGAUAGCUGGUCCUUCCCCAAGGGAUUCUGGUGGGGCGUCACCAGUGCCUCGUACCAGGUUGAGGGGGCUGUCAAAGCUGACGGCCGUGGCCCCAGCAUAUGGGAUGCAUUUACGCACCGAGCGAUGAGCGUAGCUGACAACCAAACUGGCGAUGUUGCGAUCAACCAGUACUACACUUACAAAGAAGACAUCCAACGCAUCGCCGCCAUGGGCGUCAAAGCCUAUUCCUUCUCCAUCUCCUGGUCCCGCAUCUUCCCCUUCGGCAACGGUCCGAUCAACGAAGCCGGUCUCCAGCACUACGACGACGUGAUCGACACCUGCCUAGAAUACGGGGUGCAACCGCAGGUCACCCUCUACCACUGGGACCUGCCACUCUUCCUGCAGCUUUCAUACGGCGGGUGGACCUCCGAGAAAAUCGUCGACGACUACCUCGCGUACGCUCGAGUCCUCCUAACCCGAUGGGGCAGCAAGGUCGCGCAGUGGUACACGUUCAACGAGCCCAUCUCCUUCUGCGGCGAAUACCCCGUCCCGGACGGCUACUUCACGACAACCACAACCAUCCCCGCCCACCAACAAAAGUUCUGGUGCGGACACUACAUGCUCCUCGCCGCCGGCAAGACCUACCAGCUCGCACGGUCCCUCAACAUCACCGCCCCGAUCAGCGUCAAGAACAACGGCGGGUACAAGCUACCCCGAACGAACUCCAGCGCGGACGCCGAAGCCGUCGAACGAGCCUGGGCCUUCAACGAGGGGUGGUUCGCCGACCCCCUAUUCCUAGGCGACUAUCCAGCCCGCCUCAAGAAUUUCACAUCCAGCUUCCUGCCCGAGUUCACCGCAGCCGAGAAGCGCCUCAUCCAGGGCGCGAGCGACUACUUCGCGCACGACGCCUACACCGCGGCGUACUACAUGGCGCCCGACGCCGGGAUUGAGGGCUGCCUCGCCGACCCGAGUAACAGCCUCUACCCGCAGUGCUACAAUUCAACGUACACCUUGCCCGCAAGCGAGGGCGGGUGGCUGAUCGGACCGGCCUCCGACCCCAACACCCGGUGGCUGCACAAGGCCACCGAGUGGCUCCCCGCGUUUUUACAUUACAUCCAGCGCACGUGGCAGCCGGCCAACGGCAUCGUCAUCACCGAGUUCGGCUGGACCGAGCCCUUCGAGGCCUACAAGUCCAAGCGCGAGGAUAUCCUGACUGACCCGGUCCGGUCCGCGUACUACCGCGACUACGUCGAGGCCAUGUUGAUCGCCGUCGCGGAGGGGGUCAAUCUGGUGGGGUGCCUGGCCUGGUCCAUUGCUGACAACCUCGAGUGGACGGCGGGGUUUACGGUCAAGUUCGGCUUGCAGUACGUCAACCUCACCACCCAGGAGCGGUUCUACAAGGCCAGCUUCUUCGAGCUGGCGAGCCUCUUCAAGACUUACAUCACGGAGUGAGACGGAGUGCUGAGCUCGGACAAGGAAAUACAACAUUUGUUUCCGGAUUUGAUAUAUAGUCACACCGAGCUCAAGGGUUCGGAGGCCAAU